GGGGGAUUUCUGUUCUUGUCUUGUCCACUGCUUCUUCAUCUUCCACACCGACACCACACCGCGGCCUGCUCGCUGGCUGCCCAGACGCUUCCACUCGCCGCAAGGCAUCGCGCCCACCGUCUGGAGGGUAGCUUUUUACUUUUUCUUAACAACCCACUCUACGCACCGGCCGCGCGCGACUCGUGUUGAAGGCGUGAUACGACCUCACCCGGCCCGCAAUCCCGGCUCUCUCAUUGUCUUAGAGCCGCUUUCGCUUUUUCACCUUGACAAAGCAAGCAACCGCUGCUAAGCUUUGCUUUGCAUCUAUCCACUUGACCUGGCCACCACCACCACCACCACCACCGUCGACGGCGACAGCAACGCGCGUGCACUUGGCCGCUGCAAGCUCCCAAUCCGACAAGCCGACUCUUUUGGAGGCGCCGCCAACGGGACGAUCUGUUCCAGAACGCGUCGAUUCCCGCCAUACGUCCGCUCCUCUCUACCCGACGCCAAAACCACCCCGUGUGACCUCUUUGCACAAAGUGAAUGGAGCUGCUCGCCUUGCUCUUCACCCGACUGCAUUAACCACCACUCUCCCCGUCCGUUUGUUCGUCCUACUCGGCGGCGACGACUGGUUUGUUAUUAGUGACCGCGUAACGCUUCACUUGUGGGCGGCGGCUUUAGCCCCGAACCAACAAACCAACAAACCUCCAGCGUCCGCUAUUUCCGCCUGAACACGUCAAUCACGGUAUAGCACCUACGCAGACGACACCGCCACCCACCACACCAGUACGGCAGCACCAUCACCACCACUCACACCUACGACGUCGACCCCACCCACACCGACUCCACCGCCGCCGCAAUGGAUGACCUCACGUCGUUUGAAAACUACUGCAUCGUGUGCGACCGACUCAUCGUCGCACCUGCAGACCCAAAUCCAAUCGACCCAGUCGCCAAGCCAAAAAAGAAAGCGCAGGGAGCCAUCAGGAUUAAAAAUCCCGAUGGCACCACGACGACUCGCACAGCAAGCGGAGUUAAGACGACGACGACCACGCGUCCUACGCUUAACCUGCGUCGCACAAACUCUGCAGUUCGCUUGGCAGGGCAACCGCCACAAGCAGGUGGCGACAAGAAGAAGCGAUCAAGUUCUGGUGGAUCAAGUGGAGGCAACAGUGGCAAUGAAGGUGGCGCGCCACCAUCGCCACUGCCAAUGUCGCCCAUAGACAAGCCUCCAGCCUCAGCUACUGCUACCCCCAACCCCGCCGAGGCGCCCGCCACGCCGCCCUUCGUGUCCACCAUCUACUGCUCGCAAGAGUGCCGGGAUAAGGAUGCUGUAUCGGCACCCGCCGCUUACGAGGACAUGGCUCGCGCCUUCGGUCUCGGCAUCACGACCGACACCAAGGGCAGCUUUGGCAUCCGCGCGUCGCCAGUUGGCCCUCCUUCCCCUCUUCUGGGUUCGGACACGGACACCAACUCGUCGACCUCGGCGUCCAUUGCCGCGACCAUGCUCGCGCCCAGGCGUCAAGAUGGCUUGCCUAGCGAUGGCUACCCCGCCGCAUCGGCUCCCAAGACGAUGGAAUAUUUCCGCAUUGGCCGCGAUCUCCCUGACGAAGUUUGGGCCGAUCUCGAGCGCCAGCGCCGCAAGUCAAUCUCAAACGGACAGGCGAAGAUGGGCGGCACCGGGAUCCAGCUUCUGCAGAUGACGCGCCAGCGUUCGGGCCAGUCCCAGUCGGGCACUUCCAGCGAUUCGCUUUCGUCCCUCUGGCACGGAAACACCGAUGAGGUGGCCGUUCACCGUCCCAGUUCGGGCAACGGCGUUCUCCGUGGCUUCACUGCUGCGCACCCUGGCGUCCAUCGCUCCAUGUCGGCCGCUUCCGUCGAGGCGUCGGCCGGCACGCCUCCUGCCUUGGCAGCCGGCGUCCGCCCGAUCCCUCGUUCGGCCCUCUCGCAGACUUCUCUCGGCGGCCUUCCCUCCCCCGGCCCUGGCACAUUCGCCGAAGUUGGCUCGGCGCCGUCGCACACUGCCUUCCUCAUGCAGGCGUACGCAUCCAACUUCCCCAACCGCGAUGGAACCACCCCUUCGGUCUAUUCGGGUGCCAGCACUCCGAACAUCGUUGACAGCGGGCGCAACUCGAUUGGCGGUGGCGCACCGUUGCAGCGACCCAGCUCCGGAACGAUCCGCGCUCGCGCUCGUACCAACUCUGGUGCUGCGACGUGGGACUCGCUUGGCAAGGCCGAGGUCAUUGAGCGCAGCCGCAGGUCGCGUAUGGACUCGACCGGCAGCGAGAUGGACUUUGAGACACCCGUGUCGCCCGAGAUGGCCCGCGGUCGCUCGUCGUCUGUCGCGUUCGACGUCACCCCCAAGCAGUCGCUCGAGAUUGAGAACGGCAGCUGGCAGAUUCGCUACGCUGCGCCGACGGCCAAGUACGCGACGACGCGUGCUGCGUCGAGGAGCCGCAGCCGCAGCCGCCCCCGCCGUGGCUCGUCGUCGCCGACCGAGCCUCCCAUUGUCGAAGGGCAGCCAACAACGUCUCACAGUGGCGCUCUUGCUCUGCCCAUCCCGUCGCGUGCUACGCGCGCGUCGGCUGCCGUGCUCGCCUCGUCCAACUCGACUGCUCGUGCCCGCACUCCCCAGCAGACUGGCCGUUCGCUUCGCACUCCGCCUGUCCUUUCUUCUUCGACGCGCCUGCGCACCUCGUACACUGCGCUUCCUGAUCUCGCUGCCCUCCGCAUCGGCUCGACUGGUUGUGCUACGACCUACGUUUCUCCCGACCUUGCUUCGUCUGCUCCGUCGCGCAGUGCUCCUCGCCCCGGCUUUGACUGGGAUGGCAAGUCGAACCACCUCACGUACGAGCUGCCCAGCGGUGUGGUCGCCAACCCCAACAAGGGUCUGUUCUACUUCAACGCGUAAUCUUGUUACAACUGGACAAACUACCGAUACCCAUAUCAUACCCGAUAAUCGCACAACUACUACACACACGCACAACAAACCCAACCCAAACCAAACCUUUUCAUUUGUCACAAUUACUGCAUAUUCCCCAACGCAUUUCACUCCAUUAGCAGUUUGUACUCCCACCCGCGCGCGGGUGGCCGCCACGAAGGCGUUGUAGUGAUGAGAAGAGGCAUGAAAGAAGUUGCAUCGAGC